UGCGCGGCAUGCCAGCCGGGCAGCUUCUCCGCGGCCGGCGCCACCACCUGCUUCGCCUGCCCCGCGGGCUUCUUCUCACCCACCACCGGCAGCGCGCAGUGCACCGCCUGCGCUCCCGGGCGCUUCAGCACCACGCCUGGUGCCACCUCGUGCACGCUGUGCCCCACCGGCACCUUUGCCAACCGGUACAACAGCACCUCUUGCACCAACUGUACCGCCGGCACCUUUGCCAUCGACAACGGCAGUACAUCCUGCCUCGCCUGCCCCGCGGGCUUCUUCUCACCCACCACCGGCAGCGCGCAGUGCACCGCCUGCGCUCCCGGGCGCUUCAGCACCACGCCUGGUGCCAACACCUGCCUGCCCUGCCAGCCGGGCAACUUUUCCGCAGCCGGAGCCGCCACCUGCACGCCCUGCCCGCUCGGCCGCUACUCGGCAUCAGCCAGCGCCACCAGCUGCCUGGCGUGCGCCGCCGGCUCUGCGGCCAACGCCACCGGC